AUGGUGGGACAUGGUGAGAAUGUGGGUGAUGGUGGGAAAUGGUGGGUGCUGGUGGGAAAGAAUGUUGGGCAAUGGUGGGUAAAGAUGUUAAUGGUGGGACUGGUGGGAAUGGUAGGCACCAUUCAGGAAAGCACUUACAAAGAUGGUGUCUACUUUAACGAGGUCAGCAUUUUCAAAUUCACGAACAAGUUGGGCAUUCUUCGGCUUCACACUGAGAAACUCGGCAAGAGCCUGCAGAAGGAAGAGCCCUACAAGCCCGAAAGACAUCCGUUGAAAAACGCCUAA